ACAGACUCUACGUUGAGCAUUACAUCCUUCCCACAGUAUCUCGAUACGUUCCCUUAUUACUAUGCCAUCUUUGCAAGAGCUUGAAAGAGCAGCCAUUGAGGUCCUCACCAUCCUGAAGAGCAUAAAAGAAUUCGAGGAUGCCUCGAUAGCAGUGUUUGGAGGACUGGCGCUGUGGAAAUAUAUCCCAGCUGGCAGGACCACUGAGGACGUGGACUUUAUCAUUAGCGUCCGGGAGGCACCAAAGGCCGUGAAGCAAAAACUACUGCAACUUCACGCGUCGAAUUUUGUCGAGCACGCACAAUAUUUCUAUUACAAGAACGCCAGUAACCAGCAUAUCCAGAUCGACAUCGUUCCAUCAUGGCAGUCUCUUUACAUGCCAUCCACCACAGUCAAAUUGAAGGAUCUACCCGCAAACACGAUUCCAUACAUUUCUGUCAGCGAUCUGAUUGUUUUCAAGAUUUAUUCUUGUGGAAUGAGAGCCCAGCCUGCCAAGAGACGUACUGACGCUGCAGACGCUGAAUGCUAUCAUAUGCUGCCGCUGGCCUGCCCUUGCCACUCAGUGAUUGGCAAAAAUCGCAGGUCGAGAAUUGCCUGGAGGAUGUGGUUAAGCACGGCCGGCAAGAUGAAAAGUGGUGGAGAGAACGCCUUGGUCUGCAGGUCUGAUUGGCAAAUCCAUCCGUCGCAUUCUGGAGUUGGGGCGUGAUAAUCAGAUAGAGGCUGCACCAUUGUCGGAUCCUGGUUUGUUCGAUUUAACGUUCAUGCUGAUUAGCUCCAAUGUCUCUAUAAAUCUUUCACAAACUAUCAGCGCUUCUCUCGUCAACGUGCACGAGAUUUCUCCGGAUUGACAGGAAAGCCAU